GGCGGUGCAGCCGCGCGUUCGCUGCAUUCUUAGGACGUAACCGUUAUGUGCGAUUUCAUUUCCGGGUUGCGUCGGUGGGCGUGGACAGAGUUUCCUCAGGCUCCUCCCCCUCCAACAGGCAGCGGCUCUUCAGCUCGAGCCGAAUCAGAGCACCGCGUAUUAAACCCCCGGCUCGUCUAUUCGCCCCAUUGCCGCUCACAGGAGGAGUGAGGACGCACUGGGAAUUUAUAUAUCACCCUUUUUUUGGAUUCGAAGCUUCCAGAAAGGUGGUCAAACUCGUUGAAAGGUUUCACGGAGGGUUUUUCCCUUCUCCUCCUCCAGGGAACGAGAGCCUCACAUCUUCACCGGGACACAGCCAGGCUAACGGCCCUGAACGCUUCUCCUCCCCUGACUGAGGAAGCUUCAUUGACCGGACACACCGAGUGAUAACACGAAAAGCGGGCUAGGGUUUCCGUAUUUUUUUAUUCGGUUUUUUUUUUUGCAAGCUGAAGGACAUUUUUGGUCGCCAGGACGCGCUAUCGGGAGGCGAAAAUGCCACUUUGUCAACAUCUGUAAGCUUUUCUGAUGAGCCACAGUCCACGCUGCUUCCUGCGAAGGAUUCACAUAUAAAAAGGAGGUAUGUGCGAUUAGCAGCCACGCAGGUGAGAUCGCAAGCUCCGUAGUGCAGGAACCUGUUCUUCACCCGCACUGACUUCAGCCCAGCAGGUGUGAAGAUGAGGAAGUUUGCGUACUGUAAAGUGGUCCUGGCGACGUCUCUGGUUUGGGUGAUGCUGGAUAUGUUCAUCCUUCUCUAUUUCAGCGAGUGUAACAAGUGCGACGAAAAGAAAGAGAGAGGACUCCCAGGGAGAGAAGAGGUGGUCCCGAGGCAUCACGAAGGUCCGGGUGAAAUGGGAAAGCCAGUUGUGAUUCCCAAAGAGCAGCAGGAGAAGAUGAAGGAGAUGUUUAAGAUCAACCAGUUCAAUCUGAUGGCCAGCGAGAUGAUCGCACUCAACCGUUCACUCCCCGACGUUCGUCUCGAAGGGUGCAAAACGAAGGUGUAUCUGGACGACCUGCCUCGCACCAGCGUGGUGAUCGUGUUCCACAACGAGGCAUGGACAACGUUACUGCGCACCGUGCACAGCGUCAUCAACAGGUCUCCCAGACAUCUGCUGGAGGAGGUGGUGCUGGUGGAUGACGCCAGUGAGAGAGAUUUUCUGAAGAGGCAUUUGGAGCAGUACGUGCGGACGUUGGAGGUGCCGGUGCGGAUUGUGCGGAUGGAGCAGCGCUCUGGUCUGAUUCGCGCUCGUCUUAAAGGGGCGUCGCUCUCCACAGGCCAGGUCAUCACCUUCCUGGACGCGCACUGCGAGUGCACCGUGGGCUGGCUGGAGCCGCUGCUGGCUCGCAUCAAACUUGACAAACGAACGGUGGUGUGCCCCAUCAUCGACGUGAUCAGUGACGACACGUUUGAGUACAUGGCAGGCUCGGAUAUGACAUACGGAGGAUUCAACUGGAAACUGAACUUCCGCUGGUACCCGGUUCCUCAGAGGGAGAUGGACCGCAGAAAAGGAGACAGAACUCUGCCUGUUAGGACUCCUACAAUGGCAGGUGGACUGUUCUCCAUAGACAGAGAUUACUUUGAGGAGAUCGGAACGUAUGAUGCUGGCAUGGACAUCUGGGGUGGAGAAAACCUGGAGAUCUCCUUCAGGAUCUGGCAGUGCGGUGGGACGCUGGAGAUCGUGACGUGUUCUCACGUGGGACACGUUUUCCGCAAGGCAACGCCGUAUACGUUCCCUGGGGGCACCGGCCAGAUCAUCAACAAGAACAAUAGGCGCCUGGCUGAGGUGUGGAUGGAUGAGUUUAAGAAUUUCUUCUACAUCAUUUCACCUGGAGUGACGAAGGUGGACUACGGCGAUGUCUCGUCUAGGUCUGCGUUGAGACAGAAGCUGCAGUGUAAGCCAUUCUCCUGGUACCUGGAGAACAUCUAUCCCGAUUCACAAAUUCCACGCCACUACUACUCCUUGGGAGAGAUCCGUAACGUGGAGACGAACCAGUGUCUGGACAACAUGGCACGGAAAGAGAAUGAAAAAGUGGGCAUCUUCAAUUGUCAUGGCAUGGGAGGCAACCAGGUUUUCUCUUACACAGCCAAUAAGGAGAUCCGAACAGACGACCUGUGUCUAGAUGUGUCCAAACUGAACGGGCCGGUAAUGAUGCUUAAGUGCCAUCACCUGAAAGGCAACCAGCUGUGGGAGUACGAUCCACUGAAGCUCACCCUGGUGCAUGUGAACAGCAAUCAGUGUCUGGAUAAAGCGUCGGAGGACGACAGCCAGGUGCCGAGCGUCAGGGACUGCAGCGGCAGCCGCUCGCAACAGUGGCUCCUACGCAACGUGACACUGCCCGAAAUCUUCUGAGCACAGCGCACGCACAUGAGGACGUAUGCAGAGAGAGAGAGAGAGAGAGCGACGGAUGGACACACUUUUUACACCAGCUCUGGUGCUAAAGAGAAGAAAAGGACAGAGAGAGCCAGGG